AUCUGACUAUAUAAGUGUAAAAUUGUAUUAUAUGAGUUGAACUGGUCAAAUCAGCUGUACUGAUUAUACUUCAGGACAAAGAGCAGAUCCAGUGCAGAGACCUGAGGUUAAACUAACAUCAGUCUUUGGUUCAGCACCGGUGAACGCGCGUCACCUUGCGCGCUACAGGACCUCUGAGGCUAGUGCACGUGUCAUCAGCUCUGCAAGUCGCUGCUCGAAAACUCCUCGGUUUUUAACAAGUUUCAGGUGUCAUGAUUUUACUAUUCUGGACGAGGAGGUCCACCUUACCAUCUGGAGUGAUAUAUGUCCUGUCUGUUCCCCUCAGAAGGCCGUAGAGGGGUUAACGGACCUGGAUACUGGACGUUUUUCACCUCAGAAAAGUUUCACGCCUAUAGUUCGGGAAAUAUCUGACUGUUUUCCAUCACUGAUACACCCUGCAGUCAUUUGUGGACCUUCUUGUCAAAUGCCACUUAGGUAUAAGUGGAAUCUAUGGAGACAAAACAUGGGAUUUGCAGCCCUUUCCUCCCACGACGCAACGCUUUGAGGAAAACCAGUGCAGAGAUAGUCAGUGAAGCCAGACAGUCCCUCCGAGUUCAGUCCACCCUCCGACCGUUUACCCCCAGAGAUGGACAAAGACAGCUGUUUGGCAGGAACUCCGCUCGCUCAGAAUGGGACAACAGGCCUCCAUCCACAUUUAGUAUUCAUGCUCAAAAUUUUGAUGCUUCCGACUCCAGGCCAAGUUCUGGGACUCGACUCGUUCCACUGGACCAUCAGAAACCAAAGUUUCCUGUCGAAUGCAAUGCCGAGGAUCCAUCCAAGACCUUUCCCAAACCGCCCACUGACCCAGCUGAAGCGAGGAAGGGCCUGGUAGGGUCACGGACACGCCUCCUCAGGGCUGGAUCUCUCACCACGUUACCGCCUCUGGAAGCACACACACAUGUGAAAGAGAGAUUAAAUGCAGUCCCGGGACAAAAGCAGCAGUCAGCUAAAUGGGUUUCCAGCGCAGACCACACCACGGUUCCUCGCAGACCAGGCCCACGCAGAACAGCGAGUGAAAGCAGUAGACUAAUGCAGCCUGGUGCUGACUCAGGACCCACAGAAUGCAGAGCAGAACGGAAAACAGAGCUGGUGUAUGGAGACAACACUGUGAGCACAGAGGAGAAUGCAGAGUCACUGGUGUGGAAUGAUGUGAUCACUCCUCUUCUUCAUCAACUAGAGAGUGUGGCUGCAGGCAGCUCUGAGGCCUCGCUGGACCGUCUGUGUGAUUUGUGCGACGUUCUCCACGGCACCUUGGCAGAAGCGGACAUGCUCGGUCGACGCUGUAAGAGGAGGUCGGGGAUACUUCGAACACUGUUCCGCCUCAUUGACCUCAACUCUGCCCGGCUCAACCUGCACAUCGCCAAGCUCUGCCUCGCUCUGUGCGUCAGUGGAAACAACCUGCUCAACAUCUGUAAGCUCAUUUUCCAGAUCAGCCGCAGUGAAAACAAUGACAUCCUCUUCCAGAACGACUCCAUCAUCGACUUGUUGCUGGAUGUGCUGUGCAAUGAGGAUGUGUCUGCAUCUGGAGAAGCUCUGCUGUAUUGUGUUGGUACUUUGAAAUUUCUCUCUGGAAACGCUGCAGUGCUCAGACUUCUGCUGGAUAAGAACUGUAUCAGUGCAGCUCAGAAACUCCUGAAGAAGCUCUGCAUAGGAGAAGACACCAACUUCCCCAUAGCAGGCCACAUCCUCGUACAGCUGACAGCAACCCUGAGGAACCUUGCCGAUCACCCUGAAUCCCGUCCGCUGUUUGUUUCCUUCUCAGUACUGCCAGAGCUUUGCUUAGUGCUGCGUAAACACUGCAAAGACCAGGAUGUCUGCACCAACAUUUCCAGAAUUUACAGUAAACUCUCCUCUUACUCUGAGUGCCGCUCCGCUCUGGCCCAAACCCCCAACUGCUACCAGCUAUUUUUAGAACUGCUGAGCAAACAUCACCAAAAACAGGACUUUGUCGUGCGAAUUCUCUUCACCCUCGGGAACAUAACAGGCAAAAUCGACGAGUCUCGCCAGCAGCUCUUUCAGUGCAGCAGCUGUAUGGACACACUCCUUGGACUGUACAACAGCUACCAGAGGAAAGACGUGUCACCUCACACACCCUUGCAGAAGUGUGUCCGUUCCCCGUGCAGGUAUCCCACUACGUCCAUAAGUGCGCAGGAAGCCGACGACGUGCUGGUGAAGCUGGUCAGAGUGCUGGCAAACAUGUGCAUCCACCCGGCUGUAGGCCCAUCGCUGGCCAACAACACAACCUGCCUUCAGCUUCUGAUGGAGACGCUCGAGCUGAGGUCUGUUCAGGAAAGCGAGGAGCUGAUGGUGAACGUAGCCAGCACCAUCAACAACCUGUCCUUCUACCAGGGAGAAGACUCUCCAAUCAGACGCAAUGAACUCACCAUCGCAAAGUUAAUGCUGAAGUUGGUGCUCAGCUCCAGUAUGGACGGCAUGUUUGAGGCCACGUGUGUCUAUGGAAACCUGUCACAGUCCAGGGAUGUGCGAGAAUUCAUCAUACAAAACAAAGUGCACCGGUUUCUAGUGACGCUGCUCGACUCCAAGAGUGCUGAGAUGUGUUUUUCAGCCUGCGGGGUCCUCAUCAACCUGGCUCUGGACCCUCCCAACAGGGCCUGUCUCUCACUAGAGGGGGCUUCUGCCAAGCUGGUAGACUGUCUGAGAGACUUGGGUCCAGGUGACUGGCAGCUGGCGGCUCACGUCUGUCAGGCCAUGUGGAACCUGACUGGUGGCGGCUCAGAGGCUCACUUAGACGCUCAGGACAGAGAGUCGCUGCUGGAGAUGCUCACCACGUACUCAGAUGAAGAGGAGGCCCUGAAGUGGACAGAAAACGAGGAUGCGAGGGACUUCCACAGGGCAUGCUGGGAAUCACAGUUCCUACCUGUUGCUCAAAAGCUGAUGACGGGGCUUCAGUCUCCAGGUUUAACAGCCUGACACUCUUGGAGAUAAGAGUUUUAUUUUGUCAUGGAACAGUUCGGGUUAUAAAGACACUGGAUUUAUAUUUUAUGAUCAAAUGCUCUCCUCCUGUGGCUUUGUAAAGAUGGCUGUCAGGGUUUGAGGUUUCCUUUUCAUGAAAAAAAAACAGCGAGUUUGAGUUUGUGCGUGACUUCAGUGACGAGCUUCGAAGUCAGAAAAAGUAUCAAGAUUCCCAGAGAAGCUUCCCAACUCCCUCCUGCGGUGUAUAAUCCUCAAAAUAUGCCCACUGUGCUGCAAUCAGUCAACAUUUUGCCACCUCAUGACUAACUACUAUAAAGCUGACUGCAGCUGCUGUUUUUCACAGAGGAUGGAGUUACAAUUUUUUUACAGCCAGUUUUAAAGCCUCCAGAUGGUCAAUGUGAAACAGUCGCAGCACAAACAAAAGACUUCGAGUUUCAGGUUUUAAAAAAAUGAUGCAGGUAAUUAUGCGGAAUAGAGGAAGAAAAGUCAAACUGCACUCAAAAGGUGAAACAAAUGUAUGUGUGGAUGUGUACAGGGGUGGACCCAGAUUAAUUUUAGUGGGGGGGGGGACAACAGAUAUUUUGGGGGGAGCCACCGAAAAGUUGUAAGAAAAAACGAAAGCUGCAACUGACCUCUCACUUUUGCAAAAUAUUUUUCAUGUUUUUUUUUUGACUCUUUAACUAGAUCAUUAAACCUUUAAAAAGACAAAACAUUUAAUCAAAAAAUUAAAUGUUUAAUUAGAAAUUUUAAUCUUAAAGACAAAACUUUAAAUAGGAAUUAAACAGAAAAUACAAUGAAGAAAAUAAAAGAAAAUUAAACAUUAAAAGGUGGAAAAACAUUUAAACAGAAAAACUUUAACAAAGGUUUAAUCUAAAAAUUAAACAUUGGGAAAGAAAAGGAAAUUUUUCAAACAAGUUGUUAAAAAAUUUGAAAAAACAAACAUUAAAAAGACAAACAUUUCAAAAUCAAAUCAGACAUUAGAAAAGAAUAAAAGGUGAGAAAAGACCAAAACUAAACAUUUAAGAAGAAGCCCUCCCCACACCUCCCCCCACCGCCCACCACACCUUCCUCCGCCCGGCGAGUUUUUCGAAAAUCCGAGUCUUGACAGGUUUUCCCGAGUUUCUUGAGUUUCCACCAGGUCGGAAGCAGAACAGGUUGCCAUGAAGAGGUGUUGAAAUCGAUGAGGAUGAAGUGACUUUUUACAGCGACUAGAAGGAAGACGACUAGAAAAAUAGGUCUUUAACCAGCAUCCCUAAAAUCCAUGGAGUCGGCUCCAGAGAAAUGAAGGGAGGUCAACUUUUAUCAGCCUCCAUCCAGAUGUUCAACUUGAUAUCAUUACUUUGAGAUUUUUAGCUCCACAAACCUUUAGUAUCACACUUUAUUAUCAUUUAUUAGGACUUUAAUGGAAUCCACCAGCAGAUUUAGUUUUUGUUGACAAACUUUAUUUUUGUCAUUGUGGGACUGCAGGAUUUAAAACUGUUCCUUCUAUUUGACCUCAUGUUUAUUAGUUUUAGUGGAGAAACUUAUUUUAAUUGUCGAUUAGUCUCUUAAAAACUAAAUAAUAAAUUGGAUUAGUCAAGAGGUUUAAAUUUCUUACUUUGUCAUAUUUCAAAUGAAAAAUCAAAAAUAAAGCGUCUUGAGACAAUUUGACCUGUAAUUGGUGUUAUAUAAAUAAUAUUGAAUGAAUUUGUAUGUAUCUUGUAAUGUUGGAGGAAUUCAGCCAUAUAUGUUGGAAAACACAUUUUCUUUGUCCAUUAAUCUGUUGACUGUUUUCUCCAGUAAUUCAUUUCUUGUUUUGGUUUAUAAAAUGUCAAACCCAAAUAUAUUCAGUUUACUGUCACAAAAAACAAAAAAAUCAUAUUCAUGAUGCAGGAAUCAGACAAUUUUUCAAUUUUUAUCUUAGUUUAGUCAGAAAGAUCGUUGAUAAUGUGUGAAUUGUUGUAACUUGUGAGCCGUGCCCGCCUGGAAAUUCCGCCACUGGAUGUGUAUGCUUUUUAACAUGCAGGGAUUCAUUUGCAUUUCCAUCUGUAUUUUAUUUUUAUUUCUCAAUUUCCUUCACUCUGUGUCCUCCCGACACAAGCAGCUAUAUUUUUGAAACAUUUGUGAACAUUAUUUUUAACCUUUUCAUGCACUUUAACUUGCAUAAAGCUUGCCGAAGCAUUCA